CGUGUCCCGGAGCAAGAUGGCCGACCAGAGCAGGCAAACAAAACUCGCCGCAGCCAAGAAAAAGCUGAAGGAGUUUCAGCAGAAAAGCUCCCCUGCAGGAGAGAAGGGAGCGGGCGGAGCCGGCGGCCCCGGGGCCAAGAAGAAGAGGAAAGUGAAGAGUCGACCUGAAGCUCCGUCAGACCGGGACUCUCCAGACAACUUUGACAGUAUUCUGAAAGCCUUUAGUCAAAGCAACGGAGUAACCGUUUACCACAACCUUCAGACGUUUGCUGACAUGGAUGUUGAAGGCUCUUCAGUUCCCCCGGAGGAGAGUGAAGGGUUUACACCUGCUAGUGCUAACGCCGCUAGUGCUAACGCCGCUAGUGCUAACACUACUAACCCCGAGUCUGUGCAUCACAGCGCCGCCCUGCAGGAUUGCCCUGAUUACCCGGAUUCCAACGGCAAUGAAAGAUUACAGGAAGAUCGACCUCUGAGCUGCACGGAGAGUCUGCGGCAGCUUUCCCAGCAGCUCAACGGCCUCGUCUCCGAGUCGUCGGUUUCCUACGUGAACGGAGAUGCUCCUUCAGUCGGGGAGAAGGAGCUGGAGAGCCGGAACCAGGAGCUGGCGGCUUCGCUGGAAUCCAGCAAGUUAACAAACGCUCAGCUCAAUACCCGGCUAGACCGGCUGGUUCUUCAGACUCAGGAGCUUUCAGAUCAGCUGACGAAGGAGCGAAAGGAUUUUGAGCAGAGAUUUUCCAAAGAGCAGGGCUCCAUGCGGGAGCAGCUACAGGUUCACAUCCAGACGAUCGGGAUCCUGGUGUCGGAGAAGUCUGAGCUGCAAACGGCGCUAACGUUCACCCAGCAGGCGGCGCGGAACAAGAUGGCUGAGACGGAGGAGCUGAACUCUCGCCUGCAGGCGUCGAAGCAGCGAGUGUCGGAGCUGGAGCGAACGCUUUCCUCCGUCUCCACGCAGCAGAAACAGUCGGAGAAGCAACAAAAAGAACUGGAAAAGGAAAGAGACACCAUGAGACUAGAAUUGUUACGACUCAACAGCGCUAGCGAAGAGUGGAAGCAGCGGAGCUCGGAACUGACGGAGCAGCUAAAGUUCAGCUCUCAAACUAACGCAGCCAUGAAGGUGGAGGUGGACGAGCUUCACAAGAGGCUGGAGAUGGCAGAUCUGAUGCUGCAGCAGUGUUCCAGCUCUGAUUCCAGCGACGCCGGCCAGCAGAUCCAGAUGUUGCUGGAGGAGAAACAGCAGCUGGAGAAUAUUAAUCACCAGCUCCUGGAGUCGGUGGAGCAGCUGAAGACGGAGAGAGACGUUUAUUCAGAGCAGAUUCAGGACGAAGGACGAGUUUGGAAGGACAAGACGGAGCAGCUGCUGUCGCAGGUUUCUCUGGUGGCCGAGGAGAGAGACAGAAACAUCAACCAGGUCCAGGAGCUGGAGGCCCGAAUCCUAGAGCUGAGAAACGCUGCAGCUCUGGCGUCGGCAGAGAGAGAAACCCGAGAGUCUUUAGAGCCCGAGUCCUCGGGCCCCCCGGGGCCCUCGGAGAGGGAGCAGGCCCUGCAGACGGCCCUCAGCCUCCUGCAGCAGGAGAAGGAAGCUGUCGCUGAACAGUUCCAGGCCCAGCUCAGGGACAACCAGCAGUUCAGCCGGCUCUGCUCCGAGCAGGAAUCCCGCCUGGCCGAGCUGCAGCGGCGGCUGGACAGCCAAUCAGAGGAGGCCGAGGACCGGCGGAGAAUCCUGGAGGACGUGCAGUCGGACAAGGCCACGAUCAGCCGGGCCCUGAGCCAGAACCGGGCCCUGAAGGAGCAGCUGGGCGAGCUGCAGGGCGGCUUCGUCAAGCUGACCAAUGAGAACAUGGAGCUGACGUCGGCCAUCGGAUCAGAGCAGCACGUGAAGAAGGAGCUGGGGAGACGUCUGGCGGAGCUGCAGGAGGAGCUGGCCGGAGCCCGGGAGACGCGGGACCAGGAGGACCAGGAGGCCCGGGUUCUGCUGGAGCAGCGGGACCAGGAGGCCCGGGUUCUGCUGGAGCAGCGGGACCAGGCCCUGCUCCACCUGCAGCAGUACAGCUCAGCCUACCAGCAGAUGGCGACGGAGAGGGAGAGUCUGCAGCAGCACUUCCUGCAGCAGAGAGAGCAGAUGGAGAUGAGCCAGAACCAGCUGCAGCAGGAGCAGAUCCGGCUCCACCAGCUGAUUAGAGAAAACCAACAGCUGAAGCUGCUCAGCUCCAACCUGGGAUCCACCAGAGACCAGGGAGACGGAGUUGAAAGCCAAUCGGAGCAGGAAAGCCCAGAAAAGUCGUCCAUCGUUCCUGAAAGCCAGAACGAGACGGACCAGAACCAGAACCAGGACCAGGAACUGGACCUGGACCAGGACCUGGACCAGGACCUGGACCAGAACCAGGACCAGCACAGUCAUGAACAUUCAGGUGGCGUAUCGGAGCAGCAGCUCACCUGUCCACCAGGUGGCGUACCUGAGCAGCAGCAUGCGGCCCUGCAGGCGGCCAUGCAGCAGCUGCAGCGCCGCUUCACAUCCCUGAUGACGGAGAAGGCGGAGCUGCAGGAGCGCGUGGAGGAGCUGGAGCAUCGAUGCAUCCAGCUGUCGGGGGAAACCGACACCAUCGGAGAAUACAUCGCCCUGUACCAGAACCAGAGAGCCAUCAUGAAGCAGAAACACCAGGAGAAGGAGCAAUACAUCAGCCUGCUGGCCCAGGACAAGGAGGAGAUGAAGGCGAAGCUGGCCGAGCUGCAGGACCUGGUGAUGCGACUCGUGGCCGAGAGGAACGACUGGUUCAGCCGCUACGCUAACGUGGCUAACGCUGGCCCCGUGGCUAACGCUAGCCCCGACCUGCUUCCUGUAGCCGUCGCUAACGCUAACGAGCAGCAGCUCGACCUCAGCGCCGCCGGGGAGGCAGAAUCCAUGGAGGUGGUUCCGCUGGCCGAACCCUCGGACCCGGACCUUCCGGGGCCCCCGGGGCCCCCCAACCAGGACGGGACGACCCGGCAGAUCAUGCAGCUGCUGCAGGAGAUCCAGAACCCCCAGGGGGGACCCCGCGGGGCCCACAGGCCCCCCUUCCUGGGGGAGAACCCCUGCAUCCCCUUCUUCUACCGACCCGACGAGCAGGACCAGGUCCAGAUCCUGGUGGUCUGACCCGGACCAGGACCAGACCUGGACCAGACCAGGACCAGGUCCAGAUCCUGGUGGUCUGACCCGGACCAGGACCAGACCUGGACCAGAUCCAGGACCAGGUCCAGAUCCUGGACCAGGUCCAGAUCCUGGACCAGAACCUCAUCUCAAUAACAUCCUACUUUAACCAGAGUUCUGGUCUUUACCUGUCACUUAUUUAUUUCUACAUAUCCUCCCUUUAUCCUCCUAAAUGAUGCUGUUGAUGAUUGACGGCAGGAAGAAUAUUAGGUAAUAACUGUUAAUAACUGGUAAUAACAGAUAAUAACUGUUAAUAACUGUUAAUAACAGGUAAUAACUGGUGAUAAUAACUGUUAAUAACUGUUAAUAUCAGAUAAUAACUGUUAAUAACUGUUAAUAACAGGUAAUAACUGGUAAUAACAGAUAAUAACUGUUAAUAACAGGUAAUAACUGGUGAUAAUAACUGUUAAUAACUGUUAAUAUCAGAUAAUAACUGUUAAUAACUGUUAAUAACAGGUAAUAACUGGUAAUAACAGAUAAUAACUGUUAAUAACAGAUAAUAACUGGUAAUAACUGUUAAUAACAGAUAAUAACUGGUAAUAACUGGUAAUAAAACCUCCUGUUGGUGGAAUCUGUGGCUGCAGCAUGACUCAGCAUCUUGCACAAGAGCCUUUUCUUUCUUUCUUUCUUUCUUUCUUUCUUUCUUUCUUUCUUUCUUUCUGAUAAUUUCUGUCUUGGGACAGAAUCUUCUAGUUAUUUUGGAGUCGUUGCACAUAAAGAGCUUGUAGCACCAAUAAUGUAAUAAAAUUUGCACUUAACUCAAUCGAAAAUAUAAUAAAACCCAAUAAUGUAAUAAAAUAUCCUGACUGAUAUUGUAAUAACAUUUUUACCCAUAAUGUAAAACCUUAUUACAUUAUUGGGAAUUUAUUACAUGCUACUCAAAGUCUGUAAUUUAAGCCAAUAGUCAUUCUGGUGUUUCAAAUCCAGCGUAUAAAACAUUCUUAGAUACUUAAAACACAAAAUGUAGAACUCUGGACUGAAAAUGAACAUAUAUAUUACAUUAUUUGUAAUAUAAAUUCCCAAUAAUGUAAUAAGGUUUUACAUUAUCGGUAAAAAUGUUAUUACAACAUCAGUCAGGAUAUUUUAUUACAUUAUUGGUGAAGUUAUUACAUUAUAGGUUACUGUUUUAUUAUAUUAUUGGUAAAAUUAUUACAUUUUAGGAGCUUCCUCUGCAGACACGAGUCCGACUGAAAUACUUUGUUGUUUUCAAAGAUAAUCAGCAUUUGCGACACUAAUCUCUGAUUAUCUGAUUAUUAUUAUUGAUCCGUCACCGUCUCAUUUCUGUGCAAUAAAAGGCUCGUAGAUUCUGCUGAUUCGGCGUGAACGAUCAGCUCGUGUGAGACUUUGUUGAAGUGAAAAUCUCAGUUUUAAUUCACUACACAUGCCAAAAAAGAAGAGAAAAUAAGCGUCACGUGUGAAUGUAAUAACAGAGUUGUAUGUGAAACCAGAAGGACGGAGAAGAGCGAGAGGAAGGAAACGUUACGUUGAUCUUAGUAUUUAAAGGUUGUUGUUGAAGUCGCUGGUGAAGUUGCUGAUCGGUUCAAAACCAAGUUCCACUUUUUUCCUUUUUUUUUCCGUUUUUUCGUGCGUGCGUUUUUUCGCGCAUGUUGUGAAGCGUUUUAGUCUCGUGUCAAACGUUGCCGACGGCGUCGGAUCAGCAGAUUAGAGACUAAAUAAACUAAACAGGUUUGAUCGGAGUUUCAAGUGAACAAGUUUAUAAAACUAAGUGACACUAUUGAUGAUUCUCUUUGUGUUUUAGUUCUACAUAUCAAAGAUGCUUUAAUGGUCACGACUGCGUUCUUCUUCGGUGGUCGUUGUUUAUAGUAGAUUAUUUAAUGAUUUAACGUACGAUUGCACUAAAACUGUACAAAGCUUCUCAUGUAGCUCCAUGAUCCCAUGAAGCGCCGGCGCCGCUGAGGAUCAAUAAAAAGACGAUAAAAGACAAUAAAACUAACGAUACGAUGAAACUAACGAGACAAUAAAAAAAAAACACUCCUUGAAAUAAAAACUAAACGUGGAAAGUGGUUUGAUUUAUACGAGUAUUAGGGCCAAACCAAGACAAAAAAGAAAUAGGAAAUUACGAGAAUAAAGUGGUAAUAUUACGACUUUAUUCUCAUAAUAUCCUCUUUUUUUUUUGUCUUAGAUCGUAGAUUUAUUUUCUGAACUUGCUGUUAAACGUUAUAACGGGCAGAUCUUUUGGGCAUUAGAAAACAGAAAUGAGCAAAGCUUUUGUGUUUCCCUUUGAUUGAUCCCAGAUUUCUGGAAUUCUGCAACGACACUUGAUGAUUCUCUUGUAAAAAGCAGCAGAGUUCAGUUUAUUUUCAACUUUAAACACUUUUUCUGAGUAACUUUACGCCGUAUUACGGUCCGUUUUAUAUUUCCUCACGUCUUCAUUCUGGCUACACGUUUUAUUUAGGAUGUUUUUUCUUUCUGCUACUUUGGGAAUUGUCGGACUAAGAGAUAAAUAAACUGGAGUUUUUUUUAGGGAGUUUGUGAAAUAAAAGGAUGUAGAUAAAAAAAGAGACUUUCUAAUUUACUGAGUUUAAGUGUGAUUGAAACAGAGGUGUAAAUACUGUACCUGUGUAACAUAUUGUACAUUCAUUGUUCCAGAUGUCGCUGAGGGUGAAACUUACUGACUGGAUGAAAUUAAAGGUUGACAAAAAAACAAA